AUGGGGCAAUUCCUUUCCAACACAAGGAACGAGGAAGCCGAUGCGGUUGAAGAGCCGCCUGUCCCGCGCAAUAUAUUGUUAGGGGCUCGCAAUAUACCUGAUGAAGUCAGCCGGAGGCCUGAGGACUGUGAGGAAUGGUACACUGACUUCCUUGAAGAAGCAUUUGUCGCCCUCCAUCGAGAUGGACAGUCUGUCGUUGUAUUCUGGCCGUAUCCCCACCACGAGGUAAGGGUCGACGAACCGGAUCCGCAGGACAUCAUAGCGAAAGCUACUACGAUAUACGAGAGUUUAUUCUUUGAACAUGGCGGACAUCCACGGAUGGUGAAGUAUCUUCAUCGACUAGACGACGGUAUUGGGUUCUGCCUCGAACGUCUUACCCCCGGCCCCUUGGAUAAUAUCAGAUUUCCACCUCUUUCGCUCCCCAUUUCAGCGCCAUCAACGCAGAAUAGGAUGCUAUUGGCCUUAUAUUAUCGAUGGGCCCUCCAGAGCCUCUCUGCUUUACAUUUUAUGCAUACAAAGUCCGUAUAUCUUACUGCCGUUGGCAACACAUUUACCUGGCUACGGUCCGACAUGUCCAUUGCCAUCACCGGGCUUACAUGCGCCGCAAGCCCUAUGCUAGUACCAGAGUGGGAUGAUCAUGGUGAAGCUGGUAAAUUCAUAUACCAGAUAGUAAGGUUAUCACACCGUGCCUAUGGAGAGGGUCCAGAAUGUUUUCCCGCCGGUAAUGGUGACCUCCAACAUAACGCAGCUUAUGACUUAUUCGAAUGGGCAAAAUGGAUAUGGCGGCUCAUGACAAACUAUCAUUCAACAAGCCCACCGCGAGAGCCAUGCUAUAGCGACUGGUCUCCUAUUCUACCAAUAGACCCUGCAUCAUGGCCAGAAUUUACUAGUUUUGGUCAAUUUGGAGAGUAUGCAGAGGAGAGGAACAGGCGAGGGGCGUGGCAGGAACUCGAGGAGGAAAGGCUUGGUCCUAUACUUCUUAAAGCAUGGAACCAAGAGUAUCAGAGUGCGGAGCAAGCGAUGCAGGAUGUGCAAGAGGUUAUUAAGAAGAUGGGUAUGAAGCUGAUCGGGGAAGACGAGGUUGAGCUGGAAGAAGUUAGUAGGUGGGAGGAUUUUUUUGAUAUUUUUGAUGCAGCUGGAACGGACAAGGGGAUAUCCGAUUAG